CGGCUGGGACAACAGAGCGGGAGCAUACUCUCGCCAAUCGAAGUGCUAGAGGCGGGUCUGACAGUUCGAGGACGGUUACGGCGCCAUGAAUAUCUUGCCCAAGAAGAGCUGGCACGUCCGGAACAAGGAUAAUGUGGCCCGCGUACGGCGCGACGAGGCCCAGGCCCGGGAGGAGGAGAAAGAGCGGGAGCGGAGAGCGCUGCUCGCUCAGCAAGAGGCCCGCACAGAAUUCCUACGCAAGAAAGCCAGGCACCAGAACUCGCGAUCUGCACUUGAAGCAGUGGAGGCGGGAGCCCCAAGUCCUGGCCCCGUGGACCUGUUUCGAGAGCUGCUAGAAGAAGGGAAAGGGGUGACCAGAAGCAAUAAAGAGUACGAGGAGGAAAAGCGACAGGAGAAAGAGAGGCAGGAGAAAGCGCUGGGCAUCCUGACGUACCUGGGCCAGAGUGCUGCGGAAGCCCAGACACAACCCCCAUGGUACCAGCUCCCCCCGGGCCGAGGGGCCUCCCCACCCCGCCUAGGUCCCGAUGAGAAGAUCAAGAGACAUCUGGACCCUCUGCGGGAGAUGCAGAAGCACUUGGGGAAGAAGAGGCAGCAAAGCGGGGACAAGGGCAGGCCCAGCAGAAAGGAGAAGAAGGGGUCUGAGAAACAGCGGCCAAAGGAGCCCCCAUCACUGGACCAGCUUCGAGCGGAACGUCUCCAGCGGGAAGCAGCUGAGAGGGCCCGGGCAGAGGACCUGCUGGCCCGGGUCCGAGGCAGAGCCCCCCAAGAGGACCCACCAGAGGAGGAGACAGACGAGCGGCGGCGGCGCUACAACUCCCAGUUCCACCCCAAGCUGGCCCGGCGCCCCUGCCAGCAGGAUGCCCAGCCCUCCCACUGA